AUGGAAAAAUUACCAGUUGAAUUAUUCCAUUGUAUUUUGGAUAAUCUUGAUAUAGAAAUAAUCAUUUUCUCAGUUCGAUCGGUAUGUCGAUUAUUUCGAUUGUUUGUUAAUAGUUAUGAUCGAUAUGCAUUGAAUUUAACUUUAAUUUCCAAAAGAAAUUUUUAUCUUCUUUGUCAAUUAAUUAAUCCAAAUAAUGUUACAUCAUUGACACUUGCAAAUGAAGAGCAAACACCAAAUCAAAUAGAUUUGUUUAUUUCACUCGUUCGUCUUCGUCAAUUUACUCGACUUCAUUCAAUAACUCUUCUUCACAUUGAUGAAUAUCAAUUAAAUUUUAUUUUAGAACGAAUUAAAUUUUAA